AUGAGCGCUUUGGAACAUUACAAUCUCCAUGGAGAAUACAAAACAGACUCCAAUAGCCCUGCUAUUAUGCAGAGUAUGGAUAAUUUAUCUACCUGCAAUAAAGAUAUGUAUAACCCUACAUAUAGCUCUCCUUAUGAUUCUUCAUCAAAUUAUGGAGACCUAACGAUUAAUGGAAUGUCUACUUUGAAUGAGCCUGUUGAUAAAAAUUUUUCAAAUUUUUCCGAAAUUUCAAACAGUUUUUUGUUAAUUGACGGCAAAGAAUAUCUUAAGGUUACUAACGCCGAAGAAUUCAUUAAUAAACUUGGUUUUACUGAAAAAAAUUCAAAGAUUAAAGUUGUAUCUAUUUUUGGAAACACUGGAGACGGCAAAUCACAUACAUUGAACCAAACUUUUUUUAAUGGUAAAGAAGUAUUUAAAACUUCAAAUGAACAAAACUCCUGUACUUUAGGAGUUUGGGCAGCAUUUGAUCCACGACUUGGAGUAAUUUGUUUAGAUACAGAAGGACUUUUAGGUAUAACCGUUCAUGAAAAUGAACGAACACGAUUAUUACUUAAAGUACUUGCUGUUUCCGACAUUGUCAUUUAUCGCACGAGAUCUGAAAGAUUACACAUGGAUUUAUUUACAUUUCUUGGUGCGGCAUCAAGGGCUUAUAGCUUACAUUUUCAAAGUGCAUUACAAGCAUUAAGCCGAAGAGAGGGAACAUUAAAUCCUACUCGUGCACUUGGUCCAAGUGUUAUUGUAUUUCAUGAAACUUGGCACACUCGUAUAUUAUCACAUAAUACGUCAGAAGAAAGUGCAGAAGAUGUUUUACGAAAUCGUUUCACUCAAAUGAGAUUGGAAAUUGAUGCUUUCAGUUCAAUAAAAUACGUUGGUGUACAAACAUUGAACCCACCAACAAAUUACAACCCUCUUCGCAAUGCUAUUAAAAAUGAGUUAUAUAAUACGACCGUAAGGUCGGCAAGAAACCCGCAUCACGUGUACAAUACACUGAAAAUACUAAAUGAUAAAUUUUCUGGAGCAAUCGAAAAUAAUUCUAAUCAUUUAUUUUCUGACCAGUAUUUUACUUGUCAAGUAAAAUGUCGUAGUUGUGACAGCAGAUGUCGAAAUAGCAUGGGACACCUUCGUGAAGGAAUUUCUCAUUGCAGUGAUAUUAAAUGCCGCUAUCAACAUCAAUAUGAAAACUUGGUGUAUAUCUGUAAAAAAUGUCAUGCCGAUGGUAAUGAAGUCAUAGUGACUAGUCGCACGUUGCCUCAAAAUGACAGUAGUUGGUAUGGACUGGCAAAAUACGCAUGGUCUGGUUAUGUUAUUGAAUGUCCACAUUGUGGUGAAAUAUAUCGUAGUCGUCAAUAUUGGUAUGGUAAUAAAAAUCCCGAAGAUGCUGCAGUGCGUACUGAAAUAACUCAUGUUUGGAAUGCACCUAAUUCAGCACUAUCGAAUCAGAAUGCAGCUCAAAAAAUAAUUGAUAGCGUAGCGUAUCUCACUGAAGCUGUUACAACUGCUUCCAUUCAACCGACAAAAGCCAUCACUGCUUGGGUCGCUGAUCAAGUUGCACCUACUUAUUGGCGUCCUAAUAAUGAAAUUCAAAAUUGUCACCAAUGUAAAAGCUUAUUUGGUCCUUGUGAUACAAAACAUCACUGUCGUUCCUGCGGUGAAGGUUUCUGUGCUAAUUGCUCAUCUCAGACAAAACCUGUUCCUGCAAGAAAUUGGCUAACACCUGUACGUGUUUGCGAUAGUUGUUUCUCAAAAGAUACUAAUUCUAAUGAAACUACUUCUGAUACUACUGAAGAUGUUAGUGUUAGAAAAGUCAGCGAACACGUUGUAUCAACUUUAAACGCAUUUGGAACUGUAUUAACUUAUUCAAAAUCAUUGAUUAAAGAUACUGUCCGACCAACGUAUUGGGUUCCUGAUUCCGAAUUGAUGAAUUGCUGUAUUUGUGAAAAUCCUUUUUCGGAUAUUUUACCUUUUCAUCAUUGUAGAGAUUGUGGCCGUGGUGUAUGUCAAAAUUGUUCACAAAAUCGUAAACCUGUACCUCGUCGAGGUUGGGAUAAUCCAGUUCGCAUAUGCGAUUCUUGCAUUAAGAUUGAUUGA